AUGAAAAGUGGUUAUAAUAGUCUGAUUGAUAUUGCAGGGAAGGAAAAAGACUUGAAAUACAAAGAUGAGUGGAAUUGUUUAUGGCAAAUCCAUGCUCCACCAAAGGCCAAGCAUCUCCUUUGGCGAAUAUGCAGCAGUUGUCUUCCUACUCGGUCUCGCCUACAAGCAAGGUGCGUAAAUUGUUCACUGAUUUGCCCACUUUGUGACCACUAUAAUGAAGAUGAUUGGCAUAUUCUUUUUACUUGUAAGGAUAGCAAAUCUGCAAGGCAGGUUCUCAGCCUUGAAAAUGUCAUAUCUGUUUGCGAAACACAGUGCAGUACAAUAAAGGAGUUGAUUCUCCAAGUAUGUCGUGAGGAAGAUAGGGACACAGCUGGAUUACUUGCGGUUUUGUUAGGGGUUUUGUGGAACAAUCGGAACAACUGUGUGUGGAACGGGCUAAGGGACGAGGGGCGUUGCCUAGGUUUUAAGGCACGACAGGUAUGCGAAGAAUGGAAGGCUGUGCAGCACCAUCAACAGGACAGUUCACACCAUGCUCAACAGAUUCAGCAAGUUCAGUGGCAAAAACCAUCCUAUGGUUGGUACAAAUGUAAUGUAGAUGCGGGAUUCCAUCGUGAUAUUAAUAAAACUAGUGCAGGAUGGGUGCUACGAGAUCAUAUGGGACAACUUGUAUUGGCGGGCACCUUAUGGAAUCAUGGUCAUUGUUCUAUAAUUGAAGGUGAAGCGAAAGCAUUACUUGAAGCAUUGCAGCAAAUUGAACAGAGAGGGAUCACUCAUGUCAUCUUCGAAACGGAUUCCAAAAGUGUGGUUGAUGCAGUUAAUAGUUUUAUUGGUGGAAACUCAGAAUUUGGUGCUUUAAUUUGUAAUAUUAGGAAUAUUGUCUCAUAA